GAAAAAGGUUUACUUUUUAAAUAGUAACAGUCGAUCGGUUUAAACUAACGUGUUUACGUCUGUAUGACGAACUUGCGCAGGAAGUGUCGCUACACUGGGCAGGAAAAGAUUUAAAUCAGCACGGAAAUAAAAUUAUUGUCGUGUAAGCAAUUCGUUUAUAUUGGUAAUUUGGUAAUUUUCGAGAGAGUAGCCAUGAAGUCAAUGAUCGUUUUACUACUCGCAGUUGCAGCAGCUGUGGCCAUCCCUAUUUCCGACGAAAAGGUAUCCGGUGAAGGUGGUUGGUAUGUGCCACAACUGAAUGGAUCCUUGCAGUGGAUGACUGAGGAGGAAGCCGAGGCAUUGAGUGAAACACCAACCGGCCGUAGCACUACUCGAGUUUAUUACUAUUUGUACACCAACGAGAACCCUACCACUGCAGAUAUGCUUGUUAUAGAUGACACCGAAUCUUUGCAGAAAUCCCACUUCAAUAAUAAUAAUCCCACAAAAAUCAUUAUUCAUGGUUGGCAAUCCAACGCAAAAUCCGAUUUGAUAACAUUGAUCCGUGAUGCGUAUUUGUCCAAGGGUGAUUACAACAUUAUUGCAGUAGACUGGAGUGACAAGGCGGAAACUAUUAAUUAUAUUGCCUCGGCGUCGCAUGUUGCUGAGGUUGGUGCACAGGUUGCUGGAUUUAUUGACUUUUUGUACCAGGAAGGUGGAUUAUCAUUUGAGACCUUGCAUGUAAUUGGUCACAGUUUGGGUGCUCAUAUAUCCGGUUUUGCUGGAAAGAAUGUGAAAUAUGGAACCAUUGAGCGAAUUACAGGUUUGGAUCCUGCCUUACCGUUGUUCAGUUAUGACAAGCCCGCAAAGCGUUUGAACCAAAAUGAUGCCGCCUAUGUUGAGUCCAUCCAAACUUGCGGUGGUAGGUUGGGUUUCUUGAAACCAAUUGGCAAAGGAGCUUUCUAUCCCAACGGUGGCAAGAGUCAACCUGGUUGUGGCAUUGAUCUUGUCGGUUCGUGCGCUCACUCACGCUCAUACAUAUACUUUGCUGAAGCUGUUCGGAAGAAUGAUUUCCCAUGUAAGAAGUGCGGUGAUUGGGAAAAGGCUGUCGAAAAUAAUUGUGGUGUGAGUUAUUCUUCAAUUCGCAUGGCCGCCCACAGUAACUACGUCAAUGGUUUUGGUGAUUUCUACGUUCCCGUAAACAAAGUGGCUCCCUAUGGCAAGGGUGGAUAAAUCUUGCACGAGUUUGCGUGAUAUUCAGAAUAAAAAGUUUAUGAAUAUACUUUAAUAAAAUAAUAUUUUUGAAAAAUA